CUCUUACUUCCCUGUCAAUCAUUUGUAGACUUGUCACUUGUGUAAUUGUGUCUAAUGUCUCACCACCACAAGAACACCCACACCCUAACAAGUCCUAAUUUGGAAUACAUCCCAAAUUCAAAUUCUGAUCUUCCUUGCUUACAAACUUUUGUGCCCAAUAUUUUCAUUCCUAUAAAAUCAAAUUGAUGGUAGCUAAUUGAUUGGUAUUUUCAGCAUUAGCAUGUGUCAGACUUUGAUAUGCGUGAUGAGUGUAUGAUGAAAGUCUGCUGUGAAAUGUGUUAUCGUCUUUCCUUCAACUUUGCAUAUCCUGACAUGGUUAAGCCACUAAAUUCCUUAAAUCAACAAGUAGAACAUCCAAUUCCAAAUAAACAAUUCUCACGUAAUUGGGAUUGUACUCAUAGUAACACUACUACAAUUUCGUGCACCACUUUUAAUAUCCUUGCUCCUAUUUACAAGCGGCUUGGUGGAGGGGUACGUGAAAGUGAGUUUCGGGAGGCUUGGCUUAGUCGGAACCAAAGCAUAUUGGAUAGGUUGCUUCACUUGAAAUCCUCUGUAAUAUGUUUGCAGGAAUUUUGGGUGGAUAAUGAAGAACUAGUUGGGAUGUAUGAGAAAAGGCUUCAUGACACGGGUUAUCGAACUUACACGCUUGCUCGAACAAACAAUCGUGGUGAUGGUUUGUUAACAGCAGUACAUCAAAGCCAAUUCCGGUUGUUAAGUUACAGGGAAUUGUUGUUCAAUGAUAUUGCUGAUCGUGUAGCACAAGUUUUACAUGUUGAGCUAUGUUGUGACAUUACACAGAACACUACCUCCAAUAUAUUGAAGGAAGCGAUAAUUGUAAAUACUCAUUUGAUAUUUCCUCAUGAUUCAAGAUAUUGUUUCCUUAGGCUACAACAGGUUUACAAGAUUUUGCAAUAUAUCAGGUCAUACAUGGAGAAAUAUGCCUUCCCAUUACCUGUCAUCCUCUGUGGGGAUUGGAAUGGAAGUAAGAAGGGACAUGUUUACAAGUUUUUGCGAUCUCAAGGUUUUGUCUCGUCCUAUGAUAUUGCUCACCAUUCUGAGCAUGAUACUGAAGAAUCACAAAAGUGGGUUAGUCAUCGCAACCACAGAGGAAAUAUUUGUGGAGUGGAUUUCAUUUGGCUCCAGAAUUCCCAGAAGUCCCAGAAACCUUUAAAAGAGAGCUUCAUGGAAGCAAUAUUGGGAAACAUAAACAAUUUGCUGCACAAAGUUAUUACAGGAGGUGUUGAUCAGUUGCCAGAAACUCUGCGUAUAAGAAACAGUUCUAUAACCUACACCGACUUUGCUCAAGCACUUGUACAGUUGGGCAUAAGUGGGCACCCUCGCAGUCAUGGAGGCCUACAUGAUGAGGAUAUCAGGGAAAUAUGGAAACAUCUAGAUGCAGAUGGAGAUGGAAUUGCUGAUGUGACAAACUUUUUGCUGUGUGGUUUUCAACAUGAAGAACAUGGUAACAAUAGUGUUGAUGAAGCACAAAAUUCUGCAGCUACUAUUGGAUUUGUGGUGAAGAAUGCCACACUUUUCCCUCAAGAAGUGGAGGAAGGGACUUGGCCUGAUAAUUACUCGCUUUCUGAUCAUGCACAUCUCACAGUCGAUUUUGCUGUCAUUUAGGUUUGUUAUGCUUGAAUAAUGGAAAAUUUCCCUUGUUUAUUGCAAGUACAUAUUCCCUGGAUCCUUUUAAAAAAUAUAUACGUACUCCCUAGAUUAUCUAUAUUUACACACUUUGUAUAUUUGCGCUAUUUAUAUACACUAGUUGGACCAUCAUUUGUUAUUUGUAUGUAAAGAAAAAUAUCGUCAUGUGGGAUCUUGCUAGAUGAUUUGUCUUAAUAUAUAUUUUUAAAAUAUCA